CAUGUGUGUAAUUUGACAAGCUAAUUCGAUUUUUGUUGUUUUGUUUGAUUGAAGAAAUAAAAAAAAAUUAUCGAUGACUUUUAAAAUCAAUUUUCCCAAUUAUCAUCUACAAAGUGAUUGGCAUGAUGCAUCAAUAAAUGAAAAAAUUUGGCUACAUUCGAUCAAUAUCAAAAAUGAUGAUCGUAAUGAUGAUUUGAAGAAAAAUUAUGAUUUAAAAAUUAUCAAUGAAUCAAAUAUCAUUAUCGAUAAUGAUAAAAAGAAUGAUGAUAAUGAUUUUAUCAUUGAAGAUUAUUCAAAAAAAUGUCUAGCUAUUAAUGAUGUUAAAUCAAAUGUAACACAUCGAUUUAUUGCUCCUGUUCGAGUUUUUCAAUCAAUUCAUCAAAAAUCAAUAAUAUCAUUGGAUGUAGCACCGACUGGAAUAGCUGUAUCAUCAUCAACCGAUGGUACAAUGAAAAUAUGGGAUACUUGUACAAAUGUUUUAAAAUAUGAAUUAAAAGGUCAUUAUUUGGAUGUUAAUCGAUGUCGAUUUUUUCCAUCAAAUGAAGUUAUUGUCAGUGUCGGAUUGGAUAUGUUAAUUAAAAUUUGGUCAGCAAUCGAUGGUUCAUGUCCAGUUACAAUGAAAGGUCAUACUGGUUCGAUAAAUGAUUUGGCUAUUGUUGAUCGUGGACGUAAUAUCAUUACGGUUGGUCGAGAUGGAUUAGCAAAAUUAUGGAGUUGUGCUAAACAAACAUGUAUUGAAAAUCUAUUUGAUACUGGAAAUAUACCUAUAAAUGCCUGUGCAAUUAAAUCAUUUUCAAAUUCAUAUGAUCUUGGUCAACGUAAAGAUUCGGCUAAUGAUGAUUGCGUUGGUACUUUGAAUAAGAUGCUUUUAUUAGCAACCGAAUCCGGUUUAAUUCAUGGUAUUGGUGUCGAUUCGAAACAAUCAUUAUUCAAAAUUGAAUGUCAUUCGCCUGUAAAUUGCGUAUCAUUUUUAAAUGAAUUUGAUUUGAUCGCUGGAACUCAUGAUGGAAAUAUUUAUCAAUAUGAUAUACGAAAUUUUAAUCAACCAAAAAUUAAUUGGUUGAUAUCACGAUCACCAGUACUUUCAAUGAUAUCAGUACGAAGACCAUUCAAUGGUUUUGUUGCUAGCCAUCAGGAUGGAUCAGUUGAUUUUCAUUAUGAUGAUCAUAAUCAAAUAUUACAUCUAACUGGAUCGGAUUGUGAUCCAAUUUAUCAAAUUGUUUAUGAUGAUAAAUUUAUUUAUACUGCUUGUCGUGAUGGAAAAGUUCGUAAAUAUUAUCUAAAUAAUGCUUUUGAAUAA